CACCGAUACUGUAUCAGCUAAGACUAGAGAUCGAUGUCGAGUUGUCGACUGAUAGCGAUCGGAUCCGAUUCGAAAAACCAUGCAGUCCAUGCUAUGUAGAGUGAGGUUGAAAUGUCAGACACAACUCACAAGGUGUGUGAUACGCUUAAGUGGUGGAUUACCAACCUGCGGCGCUAGCAGAGUCGUCUUCGAAGUUCGAAGCAAGAUCUGGAAUCACAAAGAAACGCACCCAAGGACUACUGUCUAUUUUUUUGUUCUCCAUCCUACUUAGACGAAGGCUGAUGAUCAUUCGCUUUCUCAUCAACCAUAAGUCUUUGGGUUGCAUUCCAAAACCUUGUUCAACCCACUUCAUUUCGUUUCUUCAUACUCGCCUUCCCCUCCCACACAAAGAGAAGCCCAGUUGGAACACAAGCCACACCUUCGUUCUAAAACACCCCCUUCUAUCUCUACUGGAGAAAUGCAAAUCCAUGAACCAGUUGAAGCAAAUUCAAGCCCAAAUGAUUGUUACCGGUUUAGUUGCAGAUGGGCUGGCCACGAGUCGAUUGGUCGCGUUCUGUGCAGUAUCCGAAUUUGGUAGUCUUGGCUACUGUACAACAAUUUUGGAAAACACUGAACACCCAAAUAUCUUCUCAUGGAAUAUAGCCAUUAGAGGUUACUCGGAGAGCGAAAUUCCUCAAGAGGCAUUUCUGGUGUAUAAGCAGAUGUUACAGAGAGGUGGGUCACGGCCUGAUAACUAUACUUUUCCGUUCUUACUCAAAGCUUGUGCCCGUUUGUCUUCGAUUUGGAUGGGCUAUGAGAUUCUUGGGAAUAUUUUGCAUUUUGGUUUGGAUUCCGAUAUUUUCGUACAUAAUGCAGUUCUUCAUAUGCUUGUAACUUGUGGAGAACUGGGAGCGGCACGCCUGUUGUUUGAUGAAAGUUCUCUCAGAGAUUUGGUUUCGUGGAAUUCUAUGAUUAAUGGAUAUGUUAGAAGUGGGCGGCCCAGUGAAGCUAUGGAGCUUUACCGUGAAAUGGAGGCAGAGCAAGUCAAGCCUGAUGAGGUCACAAUGAUUGGGGUGGUUUCAUCUUGUGCUCAAAUGGAAGAUCUGAAUAGUGGAAGUGAUUUUCAUCGUUAUAUUGAAGAAAGUGGAUUAAAAUUGACAACACCACUUAGUAAUGCACUUAUGGAUAUGUAUGUGAAGUGUGGGAGUCUUGAGCCCGCACAAGAGAUAUUUAACAAUAUGAAAAAUAGGACCAUGGUGUCAUGGACCACAAUGGUUGCUGGGUGUGCAAAGUUUGGCUUUUUGGAUGCUGCUCGGAAACUUUUCGAUGAAAUGCCGGAGAAAGAUGUUGUACCUUGGAAUGCAUUGAUCUCUGGUUAUGUGCAAUGCAGACGUGGUAAGGAUGCUUUUGCCUUAUUUCAUGAAAUGCAAGCUUCGAAUGUGAAGCCCGAUGAAGUGACAAUGGUUAGUUUGUUGUCUGCAUGUUCACAACUUGGAGCAUUUGAUGUAGGAAUAUGGGUACAUCACUAUGUUGACAAACAAAAAAUGUCUCUCAGUGUUGCCUUAGGUACUGCUCUAGUUGACAUGUAUGCGAAGUGUGGGAACAUUACAAAAGCCCUCCAGGUGUUUUGGGAGAUCCCUGGGAGAAACGCUUUAACAUGGACGGCUAUUAUAGGUGCUUUGGCCCUUCACGGGCAUGCCCAUGAUGCCAUAUCCCACUUCAUGGAGAUGAUAAAAAUUGGUUUGAUGCCAGAUGAAGUGACCUUUCUAGGGGUCUUGUCGGCUUGUUGUCAUGCCGGAUUAGUUGACGAGGGUCGCCGGUUUUUCAUUGAAAUGAGUACAAGAUUCAACCUUUCCCCAAAGGUUAAGCACUAUUCAUGCAUGGUCGACCUUUUUGGUAGAGCUGGCCUGUUGUCUGAGGCGGAAGAGCUAAUAAAGAGUAUGCCCAUGGAACCUGAUGCUGUGAUAUGGGGGGCACUGUUCUUUGCUUGUAAGACCCAUGGCAAUGUUACAAUGGGAGAACGAGCAGCAUUGAAACUUCUUGAAUUGGAGCCCAGUGACAGUGGCAUAUAUGUGUUACUUGCAAAUAUGUAUCUUGAUGCAAACAUGUUUGAGGAAGCUGGGAAAAUAAGACUGAUGAUGAGGGAGAGAGGGGUUGAGAAGACUCCUGGUUGUAGUUUGAUUGAGGUGGAUGGUAACUUUUAUGAAUUCAUUGUCAGAGACAAAUCACAUCCAAAAACCCAGGAAAUUAAUGAAUGUUUGAUACAAUUAACAAGGCAAUUAGAAUUUGAUGACUACAUUUCUUGUGUUUCAUGAGUGAAGUUCAUAAAUAGUUUGUUCAUUUCCUCUUC